UUCUCAAUAGUCAAGAAAUUUAAUUAUGCUUGCAAUAAAACCUUAGAAAUCUAUUCAGUAUUUUCACUUAAAAUAAUUUUAUUUGUAUAUGUAUCUGGUCACUACCUCUAUGGUAAAUACUAAACAGAGCAGCACUAUCUAAUCUAGUGUAGUAGAUGUAGAUCAACUCAAACUUUUAUGAACAGAAUAGAAACGAAAGUUGGGGAAGGACGUGAAGUGCCAUCAACUUCUGUGUAUGUGUUGUGGCCAAUGGCAGUGAAGGGUGUCUUUUGGAUGCUUGCUUUUCUAGCUGCAUAAACGGGCAAUUAUUGGAGAAAGAGAACUGUUAUGCGUGACAAUGAGCGAUCAAUUGGACGAUCUCGUGGAUUUGGAUAUGUUACAUUUGCUUCAAUGGAUGAUGCUAAGGAUGUUCUAUCAGGUGAACAUGUUCUUGGCAACAGGAUGCUGGAAGUCAAAGUGGCCACACCAAAGUGGGGUUAUGGAAUUCCCAGUGGGAGGCCAUCAAGAGCAGAUUGGAGAGACUUGGGAAUGGGACACGAUGAAAUGAGGGGAUUACUCCCUAUUGCUUUUGAAUAUUCAGCGAGAAUGCUGUUCACAAAGGCAUCUUCCAGUGCUCAUAUGUUGCAUGCCAUGAACUGUGCGCCAAAGUAGCAUAUAUUAUUGUUUUGUUGUUGUUGGAUUCCUGAAGAAGAAAAUGACGUUACUGGUAACUGAAAGACUUAAAAAUCUUAUAUGAUUGUAAAUUCCUUUAUAUUUGUUGUAGUGUGCUAUUUAUUUGAGUCUCUAAUAAUGAGCACUUUUUUCUUGCUUAGAGAAAGUUCACACAAAAUAAUUGAUUUGUGCAAAAUGAAAUGAGGUUGCAGAUAAGCAGAGAAGGUAGUGCUCAGAUAUAUCACAGUUGGUGCAAUAGUUGGAAGUUGUUUAUGAGGUUCAAGGUCCUUGAGAAUGCGAAAUGGACACUCUCGUGGAGAGUGGGAGUCUUGCUGCGACUGCUUCCGAAGAAGUGGUUAGGAAUUGGUAAAGAAACCUGAUAUCAAUGUCACUGAGAUGUCCAUUUGAUCAGUAUAAUGGAUGGAAUGUACAAUGUUAGCUGUGUUCUGGUUUGAAUUAUGUUAUUGACUCACUGCUUGUAGUGUAUAAUUUGUGCUCUAUGCUUUCCUUUCGUUUGAGUACUUCAUAUGUCAGUAGGAAAUGUGUGAUUCAGUGUAAGAUAGAAAAAUGUCAUAUUUGAGUUGCUCUUGUAACACAACCAUGACUAAACACUUCAUUGCUUAUUUCUAUGAAAAUAAGGCAAGUAAUGUUAUGUUUAACAAGAAUGAAGAAUCACUUCUUAUACUCAUUUAGAUUCCGUUCAGUUGCUG